AUGACCGAUAGAUGGAAGCGCGCGGUGAAGAAAGCGGUAGCGCACCUCGACCCGGAACGACUGAUUCGCAACGUCGCCAACGCGUUCAGCACCGCCGCGUCACCCCAAGCCCACCCGACCGCCGAAGUUGGGCAACAACUCCUCGCCGGUAACACGAAAUACGUGCUGAAGAAGAAGAUUGGCAUGGGCGGGUAUGCGGACGUCUUCUUGGCCAAAGAUUCGGCCGGGAAAUCGUUCGCCGUGAAGCUGAUCAAGGCCUACGACCUGGAGGCGGAAGACGCGACGAUGGUCGAGAUGAUGCUUUGUCAAAGGCUGUCCUCCCACCCGUGCAUCCCGUCCUUCGUGCACAGCGGCGUGAGGGCGCUUGAUCGACAGCCGGGCAAAGAGUGCACGAUUAUUACGGAGUAUUGCGAUGGCGGUGAUAUCGCCGAAUUUCUCAAGGUCAACCACCUCACCUACGAGCAAAUAAUUCGGAUCAUCUACGCGGUCACGAACGCUGUUGCUCACAUGCACUCGCUCGGCUUUACUCAUCGAGAUGUGAAGCCUGAAAAUCUGCUGAUCGACGCUCAAGGGAGGGUGAAACUCUGCGACUUUGGUAGCGCCACCCGCGAAUCUCAUCAACCCUACGACGGAAUGCCGGCCGCAGAACGGGUGGCGAUCCAGGAAAAGUUCCAAAAAUACACCACGCCGAUGUAUCGCCCGCCGGAAGUCCUGGAAACCUACAACAACUAUCCGAUCGGGAACCCGCUGGAUGUCUGGGCACUCGGAUGUGUGCUGUACUCGCUUUGCUUUCGGAUACACCCCUUCGAAGACUCGGCGGUUACUCGGAUCUGUCGCGUUCAGGUUUUGCCGUCAAGGGAGCCGCUUUGCGCGUACAACGAGGUGUUCAAGGAGUUGAUCAUGCCCUGCCUGGAGGCGGACCCUCGCAAACGACCACUAGCCCAGGAAUUUGCCGAGCGACUGGCCAACUUUGCGCAGGCUCUAAAUAUUGAGCCUGAGGGCUCGGUGAUCAUGACGUGUACGGAAAAAGUGAAAUCGGCUUCUCCGGUAAAAAUGCGAAAAGCUGCCACGCUACCGCCUGGCCAGAGCAUCGAAAAAGUCGUUGAGCACAAACCAGCCACCUCGCAGAACGGCUUCAAGUCGCGCGGCAUGACGUUUUUACGUGGUAUUAAAGGGAAGACGGCUACAAUGCUACGGAAAUCGAAUGCCCAUGAGGGGUUGCUGCCGGCCGAUAGCCCUGCGAAAACCACGGUUCCCAUACUCACUGAAUUUGACGUUGAGCACGAGCUCGUCUCGGACCAGGAGUUGCGGGCUUUCGGAGUAGUACCUACGUCGCCGCUGACCACCGACUUCGAGCCGAUCACCGCCUUCAUCACCUCAUCGGCAAGCAGUUCAGUGGAUGUGCCGAGCACCGAGAGCGUCGUUGCGCAACAAGUCUCCACCGAGAAGCUCCAAAAGGCAGUACCUCUCCCGUUGCCGUCAGACUUUGUCGAGUCGAAGCCCGAGCUGAAGCCAAAAUCCAUCCCUGCAGCUAGCUUUGAUGGGUUGUCGACAGAUCCCGAUUUUACGGUGUCGUCGCUGCAAAUGAACCCUCCGCCACCGGAAUCUGUUUAUGUCAAGGAAAACACCAAGCAGAAGCUGACAAAUUUUCAGGCCUGGGACGGUGCUCAUCUACAGCCCAGCGCCAGCCCGUCGGCCUUUAGCCACGUUUCUUCACAUUGCGAAAACCUGGCGUCCUCAUCCACGAGCGGCAGCCAACACUGGGGCAGCACCAAGAACGAGACCUACAAGAAAUUCAGCGAGCCGUGGCCUAAAAUUGAUCGUCCCGUCGUGGAACCGGCCCGGCCGAAAAUGAGCUUUGCCGAUUUUUUUACAGAUGACAAGUCCACUGACUCCGUGCCGAACAAGCCGAAAGCUAUGGCUGAUAUCAGGAACGUGCUGGACCACCGGAAUCCGACUCUUAUUCACAAGCCGUCCUUUGAAGCCGCAAAGCCCAAGAAGAGCACGGCCACCUUUGACGACCUGUUGGCAGGCUACGAUUUCGCCAGCAACAAGCGCAAGAAGACGCUCGCCGAGGGGAUGAAGGAGGCCGAGAACCGGAAUUUGGACCCGACGACGAUUAAAAUUCGCGACUGGACCUCCGGUAAACAGGGCAACAUCCGCGCGAUGUUGUGCAGCCUGAACGACGUGCUCUGGGAGGGCGCCUCGAAAUGGGACCAGCCGACGAUGAGCGACAUCUUCGACCCGCACGACGUGAAGAAGCACUACCGGAAGGCGUGUCUGAUUUUUCACCCUGACAAGCAGAUCGGCAAACCUCACCACGGGCUCGCCACAGCCAUCUUCACGGAGCUGAACAUCGGCUGGAAGGCGUUUGAAGCGACGACGAUCAUCACCUCGCCU